AAAAAACAGCCACCGAUUUUGCUAUGCCUCUGAGCUGCAAGAUAAUCAGAGAACUAAAUGGAGUCUGAGCAGCUGUUCCAUAGAGGAUACUAUCGAAACAGCUACAACAGUAUAACAAGUGCAAGUAGUGAUGAGGAGCUUUUAGAUGGAGUAGGUGUUAUUAUGGACUUUCAAACUUCUGAAGAUGACAAUUUGUUAGAUGGUGACACAGCAGUUGGAACUCAUUAUACAAUGACAAAUGGAGGCAGCAUUAACAGUUCUACACACUUGUUGGAUCUUUUGGAUGAACCAAUUCCAGGUGUUGGUACAUAUGAUGAUUUCCAUACUAUUGAUUGGGUGCGAGAGAAAUGUAAAGACAGAGAAAGGCAUAGACGGAUCAACAGCAAAAAGAAAGAAUCAGCAUGGGAAAUGACAAAAAGCUUAUAUGAUGCAUGGUCAGGAUGGUUAGUAGUAACACUUACAGGAUUGGCAUCAGGGGCAUUGGCUGGAUUAAUAGACAUUGCUGCUGACUGGAUGACUGACCUAAAGGAGGGCAUUUGCCUUAGUGCAUUGUGGUACAACCAUGAGCAGUGUUGUUGGGGAUCUAAUGAAACAACAUUUGAAGAGAGGGAUAAAUGUCCACAGUGGAAAACAUGGGCAGAAUUAAUCAUAGGUCAAGCAGAAGGCCCUGGUUCUUACAUCAUGAAUUACAUAAUGUACAUCUUCUGGGCCUUGAGUUUUGCCUUUCUUGCCGUUUCCCUGGUAAAGGUAUUUGCUCCAUAUGCCUGUGGCUCUGGAAUUCCAGAGAUUAAAACUAUUUUAAGUGGAUUCAUCAUCAGAGGUUACUUGGGAAAAUGGACUUUAAUGAUCAAAACCAUCACAUUAGUAUUGGCUGUGGCAUCAGGUUUGAGUUUAGGAAAAGAAGGUCCUCUGGUACAUGUUGCCUGUUGCUGUGGAAAUAUUUUUUCCUACCUCUUUCCAAAGUAUAGCACAAAUGAAGCUAAAAAAAGGGAGGUGCUAUCAGCUGCCUCAGCUGCAGGUGUUUCUGUAGCUUUUGGUGCACCAAUUGGAGGAGUUCUUUUUAGCCUGGAAGAGGUUAGCUAUUAUUUUCCUCUUAAAACUUUAUGGAGAUCCUUUUUUGCUGCUUUAGUGGCUGCAUUUGUUUUAAGAUCCAUCAAUCCAUUUGGUAAUAGCCGUCUGGUCCUUUUUUAUGUGGAGUAUCAUACACCGUGGUACCUUUUUGAACUGUUUCCUUUUAUUCUCCUCGGGGUAUUUGGCGGGCUUUGGGGAGCCUUCUUCAUUAGGGCAAAUAUUGCCUGGUGUCGUCGACGCAAAUCCACCAAAUUUGGAAAGUAUCCUGUUCUUGAAGUCAUUGUUGUUGCUGCCAUUACUGCGGUGAUAGCCUUCCCUAAUCCAUAUACCAGGCUCAACACCAGUGAGCUGAUUAAAGAGCUUUUUACAGACUGUGGUCCUCUGGAAUCCUCUUCUCUUUGUGACUACAGAAAUGACAUGAAUGCCAGUAAAAUUGUUGAUGAUAUUCCUGAUCGUCCAGCAGGCCUGGGAGUAUAUUCAGCUAUAUGGCAGUUAUGCUUAGCACUCAUAUUUAAAAUUAUAAUGACAGUAUUCACUUUUGGUAUCAAGGUUCCGUCCGGCUUGUUCAUUCCCAGCAUGGCCAUUGGUGCGAUUGCCGGAAGGAUUGUGGGGAUUGCGGUGGAACAGCUUGCGUAUUUUCACCAUGACUGGUUUAUCUUUAAGGAAUGGUGUGAGGUUGGAGCUGAUUGCAUUACACCUGGCCUUUAUGCCAUGGUUGGUGCUGCUGCGUGCUUAGGUGGCGUGACAAGGAUGACUGUCUCCCUGGUGGUUAUUGUUUUUGAGCUCACUGGAGGCUUGGAAUAUAUUGUUCCCCUUAUGGCUGCAGUAAUGACCAGUAAAUGGGUUGGUGAUGCUUUUGGUAGGGAAGGCAUUUAUGAAGCACACAUCCGGUUAAAUGGAUACCCUUUCUUGGACGCAAAAGAAGAAUUCACUCAUACCACCCUGGCUGCUGACGUCAUGAGACCUCGAAGGAACGAUCCUCCCUUAGCUGUCCUGACACAGGACAAUAUGACAGUGGAUGAUAUAGAAAACAUGAUUAAUGAAACCAGCUACAAUGGCUUUCCUGUCAUAAUGUCAAAAGAAUCUCAACGAUUAGUGGGAUUUGCCCUCAGAAGAGACCUGACAAUUGCAAUAGAAAGUGCUAGAAAAAAACAAGAAGGCAUUGUGGGCAGUUCUCGUGUGUGUUUUGCGCAGCACACCCCAUCUCUUCCGGCGGAAAGUCCUCGGCCAUUGAAGCUUCGGAGCAUUCUUGACAUGAGCCCUUUCACAGUGACAGAUCACACCCCAAUGGAGAUAGUGGUGGAUAUUUUCCGAAAGCUGGGUCUGAGGCAAUGCCUUGUAACUCACAAUGGGAUUGUCUUGGGGAUCAUCACAAAGAAGAACAUAUUAGAGCAUCUCGAGCAACUAAAGCAGCACGUCGAACCCUUGGCGCCUCCUUGGCAUUAUAACAAAAAAAGAUAUCCUGCGUCAUAUGGCCCAGACGGCAAACCAAGACCCCGCUUCAAUAAUGUUCAACUGAAUCCUAUAGAUGAGGAGAGAGAGGAAACAGAAGAGGAAGUUCAUUUGUUGAAUAGCACAACUCUUUAACCUGAAGGAGUCGUCUACUUUUUU